GUUCGCCAUUUUGGCCGAGGUCACUGGGCCGUGGCGCAGGAGGGAGGAACACGGUUUGCAGGCCAGUGAAGGGUUAAUAUCAGAUCCAGCCUUCUGCACACUAAAAAAAACCCCGCCGCGAAAUCAGCUCCACGGAUUUACCGCUGGACUUGUUGAUUUGUUCCUCUUCCUAUGAAAAAAAGGAAUCGGCGGUUUGUUGUAGCGAGCAGACAAAUAUGUCCAGACUGAAAGAUAGCGGUCCUCCACAUGGGCUUUAUUUAAUACUAGACAUGGGAAUAAAGCAGUGACGCUCCUCUUUCUUGUGUUCCUCUUCAUUUAUGGGCUUUUCCAUCAUUCUGAGCCUUCAGCUACUGAGCCAUGGAUGAACGCGGUUCCUACAUCGAGAGGUAACGCAGGUUCUGCGGCCCGCCUGGAGUAAACCAUAGCCUAGGAAACUGCGGCCGAAUCAACAAUGGAGAGAUCUGCCAUGAUCAGUAAAACAGGCUCUCGCUCUGCGGCCUCUCUACCCCCGGAGCCGGUGGACAUUAUCAGGAGCAUGUCGUGUUACCGGCGUGUGCGUCUAAACGUGGGCGGUCUGCCGCACGAGGUGCUUUGGCGCACACUAGAGCGCCUGCCGCGCACGCGCCUGGGCAAACUUCGCGCGUGCACGACGCACGAAGCGCUCAUGGAUAUUUGCGACGACUAUAACCUGGACGAGAACGAGUACUUUUUUGACCGGCAUCCGGGCGCGUUCACGUCCAUCCUGAACUUUUAUCGCACGGGAAAGUUGCACAUGAUGGAAGAGAUGUGCGCGCUGUCGUUCAGCCAGGAGCUCGACUACUGGGGCGUUGACGAGAUCUACUUAGAGUCGUGCUGCCAGGCGCGUUACCACCAGAAAAAGGAGCAGAUGAAUGAGGAGCUACGGCGCGAGGCUGACACACUGAAGGAGCGCGAGGGCGAUGAGUUGGAUAAUGCGUGCUGCUCGGAGAAGCGCAAGAAACUGUGGGACCUACUGGAGAAGCCUGGAUCUUCUGUAGCAGCCAAGAUAUUGGCCAUCAUCUCCAUAUUGUUUAUUGUGCUGUCUACCAUCGCUCUGUCUCUCAACACACUUCCAGAACUGCAAGACAUAGAUGAUUUUGGGCAGAGCACAGACAACCCUCAACUGGCCCAUGUCGAGGCAGUUUGCAUUGCCUGGUUUACCAUGGAGUAUCUCCUUCGCUUUCUUUCUGCACCCAAUAAAUGGAAGUUUUUUAAAGGUCCACUAAAUGUCAUUGACCUGUUGGCUAUCCUUCCAUACUAUGUGACCAUCUUCCUCACAGAGUCCAACAAAAGCGUACUGCAGUUCCAGAAUGUGCGCAGAGUGGUGCAGAUAUUUCGUAUUAUGCGGAUUUUGCGAAUCCUAAAAUUAGCUCGACACUCUACUGGGCUGCAGUCGCUCGGCUUCACGUUGCGCCGCAGUUACAAUGAACUUGGCCUGCUAAUCCUCUUUUUAGCAAUGGGCAUCAUGAUCUUCUCAAGUUUGGUCUUCUUUGCUGAAAAGGAUGAAGAUGACACAAAGUUCAAGAGCAUACCUGCUUCCUUUUGGUGGGCUACUAUUACAAUGACUACUGUGGGAUACGGGGACAUUUAUCCAAAGACAUUGUUAGGCAAAAUAGUUGGCGGUCUCUGCUGUAUUGCUGGAGUGCUUGUCAUUGCUCUCCCUAUCCCUAUUAUUGUAAACAACUUCUCUGAGUUCUACAAGGAGCAGAAAAGACAAGAGAAAGCCGUUAAGAGACGUGAGGCUUUAGAACGAGCCAAGCGCAAUGGCAGCAUAGUGUCUAUGAAUGUUAGGGAUGCUUUUAGCCGUGGUGCAGAGCUUCUGGAUGUGGUGGUGAUGGAGAAGGGUGAAAAAAUUCAAGAUAACCAUCUUUCACCUAGUCGCUGGAAAUGGUCAUCCAAGAGAGAUCCAUCUGACACCAGCUCUAAUCGCUCAUUCAAUCAAGAACAGGGCUCCCCAAGCAAGACCAGGGCCUCCAGCCCUCAGAGGCUCAAUCCACAGAAAUUAGAGGAAGUGUACAACCAGAUGUCUAAGACACAGUCACAACCCAACCUCAACACCAAAGACAGGAGUUCAUUCCGAGCAGGUAGUAGAAGGGAUGAUAUUGAGCUAGGUACCUUACCAGGCACAGGAGUUAGUCCAUUUGGGGGUCAUGAAGGAGUGGUGGAUAUGAAAAGUCUGUCAAGCAUUGACAGCUAUAUCAGCUGUGCCACAGAUUUCCAAGAAAACACACGAUUUCCUUACAGUCCAGCAGUUGGCUUGUCUCUCCCAGAGAGCUCUCAUUUUUCACACAGUUCUGGAUUAUCUGGACGGGUCAGGGCUAAUCCAAGCCUUCAGCCCACAAUUGAACAUGAAUCCAUGCUUACACCACCAUGCUCUGCUGCAAAGCCACCUGAUAUAGAACUUCAUGGCGGAAACCUUCUGAAAACACCUUCUCUUAGAAUGAAUCAUAACAGUAAUAUGGAUUCAAGUUCAGCUGUUGGCCUUUUAUCAGACAGCUCUGCUCUUUCAGAUCACUCUCUGAUAAGUCCAGAAGUAUCCAUCUACACUACAGCUAGCAGCAGGACUCCACCGAAGACACCAGAGGGAGUAGCCCUCACACCUACUGUUUUCACAUUUCAUGAUGCCUCUAUCAACAGGUACAUUGAUGCUGAUACAGAUGAUGAAGAACAUCUCAGAGAAAGCAGUCCAUCCGACUGUCUGCUUGGAAGUCUGAGCACCAAGCCUCACCUACAUAUCGGCUACCAGAGGGGUACCAACCACUUGGAGGCUGCACAGAGGUUGUUAGGUCAGAACUGUCGCUUUCCAUUGGGAGGCAAUCCAAGUGGAAGUCAUGAUAAUCAUUUAGCAUUAGGUGUUUUACAUAGAUAUAGAGGGGAAAGGGGACGUUCCAACACCUUUGAUGAAAGCCUUUGAGACCAGUGCAUUUAGUGACUACAGAGAAAAAAGGAGCAUGGUGGGAGGCAAAGGAAAUGGGAAUAGUAAACAUAAAUGGUCAGUGCAGUGUCCACAGAUGUACCACAACCCAUAUUUCUCCUUGUCUCUCCCAAUUUUUUGUCAAUGUAAACUGAAACAAAUGUGUCUAUUGUCAGAAUCUGACAUAAUUAGUUUUGUGCAGUCAGUUCGGGAUGGAAAAUUCAAAACUGAACAGCUACAACAGGUCUGUAAAGUAAAGGAAAGGACAGUCACUCACUGCCAAAAUCUCUAGCUAUUGUCCAGAGGCCACUUUUAUGAUUAGGCUUUAGAUCAAGGUCAGGUUAUAGCCUGUUUAUGAGUGCAACCCAAUCCCUCUCCCUGUUAAGAAACUAGCCUUACGUGAUUGCAGGUAUGAAUGUCUGAAUGUCUACAAUGCCUGAGUGGGAGUGUAUGUAUGGGUUCAUUUGUGAGGAGAGUUGUCCUUGUGGUUACAUUUGAUGAUUUACAUUUCUGCACACAUUCUCAAAGUUAUACACAUACAGUGUAUCUGAUUUAUUUUUAUAUAGACAUGGACAUUGUAGAAAUCUAGAAAUUGUACCAUUCUAUUAUGUUGGGCCAAUCAAUUGUAUACCAUAAAGGUCAUUCACACUGCGGGGAUGCAAGCUUAUUUAAGGUAUGGCUAUUUUUUCAUUCUUAUUUUUCAUUUCUUAUUUUAUUUAGCAUAUCACCUGGCCAAUUAUGACAAUUAUGAUAAAUUAUGUUUUUAUAAAGAAGUCUGGCACAAAAGUAGCAUUUUCAGUUGCUAUCAAUGUUACUAUGUUUAUGUUUUCAUAUCGUCUAUUAGAAACCAAUAUGUAGUACAAAAUCUACUUCAACAUGCACUGUAUGGUUUGUGUAUGUGGACACCUGACAGUCUUACCCAUUUGUGGGCCUUCCAGAAACUGUUGCUACACAGAGGUCUAGAAUGUUUUUCUAUGCUGUUGCAUUAAGAGUUCAGUUUACUAGAACUACAGUAUGGAGUCUAGCUCAAACCUGGUCCAGCAUGACAAUGCCCCUAUGCACUUAACAAGGUCUCUAAGGACAUGGUGUACCAAGGCUUGUGUGAAAGAACUUGAGUGGUCUGAGCUCAAUCCCUCUGAUCACUUUCAGAAUUGGAUUGACAUUAGUACCUGACCUCAUUAAUGUUUUUGAGGCUAAAUGGGCACAAACUCCAAAUAUACACUCUAAAAUCUAGCAAAAGAGUGAAGCCUUUCCAGAAAACUAUAUUGUAUAUUGUUAUAACAGCCAAUGUACAACAUGUACAAAAAGCACAUUUGGGUGUGAUGACCAGGUGUCCACAUACUUAUAACCAUAUACUAUAUAUAUAUAUAGUCAUAACACAUUGUUACCAUUAAAAUAUCUAUAACAGAAUGAUCACAUGCAAUUUCAAACAGCAUGAACAUAAAAAUUGAGGUACAUGGAUUCUCUACUGAAUUUCCCUGUCCAUGCAGAAAGGAUUCUCAGGUAUGUAUAACAUUUAUUAAUAAUAGCAACAUCAGUUGAUAUGGUAACCACUUGCCAUUGUCAGUGUGUAAACAGACGUUAGAGAUGGGUAGUUUAUUUAAACUCAAGCUCUCUCAAAUUCGAGAGAAACAUAUGGAGGAAAUGGAAGAACAUUAGGGAAUUUGCAUCUGCAUUUGCAUAAAGUUCUUCCAUUUCCUCCAUAUGUUUCUCUAGAAUUUGAGAGAGCUUGAGUUUACCGUUACCAUAUCAACUGAUGUAUGAAACUUCCAGCUGGUGUUUUAAUAACGGUAGCAAUCUAACAUAUCGUUUCCCAUAGGUGUUCUCCUAUAGGUGUUCAAGUGGCUUGAGAUACGGUUUAGAUUAUUUUUUUCCUCAUUAAAGAAUUCAGUAGUGUCCACACCCAUCCGAGUGGAAGUCUUUCAUUAUAGGAUAAAGGUGUUCACUAAGAAUACAUUUGCAGUGACAGUUCCCUCUAAGGAGACUAAUGGACCCAAACCAUACCAGCAAAAUGCCUUUACAGCAGACCAGAGCUACUGGUUUCCAUUCAUUUGUUAUCCAUCUGUACUUCAAUUACAUUACUGUUAGUGCAGAAUAGUUUGUUUGUUUGGUUGGUUGACAGAUAGUCAGAUAGUCUCUGUUUAAUGUUUCUAUUGUAAGGUUAACUGGAAAUAUCUUCGUAUGUAGUCCAUGAUUAUUGGCAGAGAAUUAUUUUAUUACAGAAUGUUUGAUUUGAAUUCUGAAGUGGAUCUUUUAUGGCUGUUUUUAGUAGUACCCAGAAAGCAUUUCAGACUUUUGUCAGACAUUGUAUAUAAAUAAUUAUAUACAUAUAGUAAGCCACACUAACAGAUGGAUGUAGCAUCCACAAUUUCAUCUCAGAACCAAUUAACUGAAUGCUAUUGCCCUCCAUUAAGAUGUGUGUCAAAAUUGAUAGACUACCUCAAAUUCAUGUACCAUACACUUAUAUUAAAUUUGGUGUUAAUAAGCAGAAGUGUUGCCAAGAUAUGCCCUCACGUCCUGUUUAUUCUUUGCUGUCAUAUUUAUAGGCCUGUCUAACCAGGCCAAGCAAACAGUUUUACAAAUGAAGUCUCAUGAUUUGAGCAAAUUUUUCUAAAAUUUGUAGAGAUGAAGCCAAACAGAUUUUUGCACAUUGUGCUAAUUAGCUCAUCUGGAAUGGGUGGAGCUAAAAUUUUGUUUGUUUGUUUGUUUCACUGAAAUAAUAAAUACAUUUUAAUAGGCCCUGAUAAUGUUUCAGUUGUAUGGAUAAUUGGAAAAUAGCCUCUUAUGUAUUCCAUACUUACUGGCCGAGCAUUACUUUAUUAUGACUUGUUUGCUUUGAAUUCCAAAGUGGAAGUGAAGUCUUUUACAGCUGUUUUUAAUAUUGCUCAGAAAACAGUUCAGAGUUUUGUCAGACACUGUAUAUAAAUGUUUUCAUUGUGAAAAUGUUUGAUGUAACAGUCAGCAAACAGUGAUGACAAUCAAAAUAUUGUGAAGUUAAAAAAUCUAAUAAAACAUUCAUCUCUUUCAUGGGUUAAACUGUGAUGAACGAAAAAAAAUACAUUUUGUCUUACAGCCCAUUUAAUUCAUUUUCAGUUUUCAGUUUAUUUAUUUAAAAUUACAGAGCUUUCAAAUAUAAUUGCUUUUAUUGAAAUUUUUUGAAAUUAUUUUAGAUGACAAGGCUCAUAAAGGCAGUAUUUGUUUCAGGUUUCAACCAUGAGCACAAUCACAUGACCACAAUAUUUUUAUCCAUUAUUAUAAAGUCAUGGUUUAUGCUUAUUAUUUAUUACUUAUAAUGUUUAAUUUGAAUAUUCUUCUGAAAAUCAUUUGAUUUUAGAUCUUAAAAAAAUUAGCAAAAUUUAUUUUCCAGGGAAUUUACAAAAACAAAAGAAAGAACUGUUUACACCUCCAGUCCCCUAAAUCCUUUAUGGUGUUGUUCGUAGGUCUAAAGGCUGUGUGUUUUGUAAACUUUCUACUUGUCAACUUUCUAUGCUGUUGUUUCUGUAUGCGUUAUGUCAUUUGAAGCAUGUCGUACUUCUGGAGUUCUAUCUUGUUCUAUAUGUGUCUCGUAAAGAAAUGGAAAAAUGUGUCAAAAUGUCCUAUUAUCUUUCAUUUUCUUUUCAUUAAAAGAUUUCUUCUCCAUUUUGACUGGCUGAGCAUUGAA